UGGAAGCCAAGGAUGUACAACGUGUUUCCCUAUAGCUCCUGAGUUAGUGACCAAAUUUAUAUAUUUAACCUUGCAAAAUUGUAUAUAUUUUUGUUUGGCCAGGCGUCUGAAGAGACCCGUAAACAAUUCAAAUCAAGUUUGAGAAUUUUAAGUUUGUAAUGUCGUCGACCCGGAAAAAAACGAAGUCUGCAAGAGCAGGCCACAGCAAGCCCGCGCCCUCUCCUGAUUCGCCACCGGACGCUGCUAAUGCCGGCCCCACGGAAACACUGACUGUGGAGAUGCUACAAUCCGUGAUAGGCACCCUCAAAACCGAUAUUUUCGGCAAAAUUGACUCUCUCUCUACCAAUCUCAGGUCAGAGAUAUCAAUGGUCAAAGACGAGCUUAAAAAAUCUAUUGAGAGUAUAACGUUACAGAAUAAGCUCGACGCACACGGAGUGGCUUUAUCGGAUUUGGAACGAGAUGCUGCAGACCACAGCACUCGCAUUAGCGAGCUAGAGGCUAACGUUGGCUCACUGACAACUAAGGUGGCAUACCUCGACAAUAGAUGCAAAAAUAUGGAAAGUAGAAUGCGGAGGAACAACAUUCGUCUACUGGGAAUACCGGAGGGAGUGGAGGGCCCAAGACCCACGGAGUUCAUGGCCCAGCUGCUUCAGGAGCUUCUCGGUCUGGAGGAGAACUCACUGCUAGACCGGGCCCACCGCACUCUGCGUAGCCGACCACGGGAUGGAGAACCCCCGCGACCAUUAGUCAUCAGGGUGCCUUUCUUUCACGUUCGCAAUGACACACUGAGGAGAUCGGGAGAAGCAUCCCUUGUUGUACCGCAUGGUGUGGAACAAAUGGGAGUUAGAGAUCUACUGAAGGCUCUGCUGGAUAAGAUUCAGACCAUCCCCAACACUGUUAGCUCAGCUGUGGUCCAGCAGCUGCUAGCUGCACGAGAGGUGGUGGAGUACAUCCUCGACAGGAACGCGUGCCUCCUGCCUGCCUACUUUGCCAUUACAGAGAUCAGAAAACUCUAUCCCGAGGGGAUGUUGUCACACUGGCUUCUGGGCAGUCUCAUGUCAGAUUUUGUUGACAGUUUUCGACCCACUGCAAGAAUUAACUCCAUCUGUGGGAGAUGCAGCCUCCUUCCAGUGGUCAACAACUCUGGAGCUAUCUGCAACUCCUGGAAGCUGGACCCCACCACAUUACGAUUCCCUCUCAGGGGCAUGCUGCCCUUCGACAAGGACCUGUUUGAACCACAGACAGGGCUGCUGCGAUAUGUGCUGGAGCAGCCCUACUCUCGAGACAUGGUCUGCAACAUGUUAGGGCUCAACAAGCAGACCUUGAACAUUGCUCAGCACAAGCAGCGCUGCCCGGUGCUCGAGGACCAGCUGGUGGACCUGGUGGUGUACGCCAUGGAGCGCUCAGAGACCGAGGAGCAAUUUGACGACGGCGGCACCAGCCAGCUCCUGUGGCAGCACCUCUCCAGCCAGCUCAUUUUCUUUGUGCUCUUCCAGUUCGCCAGCUUCCCACACAUGGUGCUCUCGCUUCACCAGAAGCUGGCCGGUCGAGGUCUGAUCAAAGGACGAGACCACCUCAUGUGGGUCCUCCUCCAGUUCAUAUCUGGCAGCAUUCAGAAGAACGCCCUGGCUGACUUUCUCCCUGUCAUGAAGCUGUUCGAUCUUCUCUACCCAGAGAAAGAGUGCAUCCCGGUGCCAGACAUCAGCAAGCCCCAGUCGACACACGCCUUCGCCAUGACUUGCAUCUGGAUCCACUUGAACCGCAAGGCUCAGAACGACAACUCCAAGCUGCAGAUUCCUAUCCCCCACUCCCUCAAGCUGCACCAUGAGUUUCUCCAGCAGAGCCUGAGGAACAAGUCCCUGGGGAUGACGGACUAUAAGAUCGCCUUGCUGUGUAAUGCCUACUCCACUAACUCGGAGUGCUUCACUCUGCCCAUGGGCGUGCUUGUGGAGACUAUCUAUGGCAACGGCAGCAUGCGCAUCACCCUGCCUGGCACCAACUGUACCGCAUCAGGCUCCGUCACACCACUACCCAUGAACCUCCUAGACUCCCUCACCGUCCACGCCAAGAUGAGCCUGAUCCAUAGCAUCGCCACUCGGGUGAUCAAGUUGGCCCACGCCAAGUCCAGCAUCGCCCUGGCCCCAGCCCUGGUGGAGACCUACAGCAGACUGCUGGUCUACAUGGAGAUAGAAUCUCUGGGCAUCAAAGGAUUCAUCAGCCAGCUCCUGCCCAACGUGUUCAAGUCCCACGCCUGGGGCAUCCUUCACACUCUGCUGGAGAUGUUCAGCUACCGUAUGCACCACAUCCAGCCCCACUACCGCGUCCAGCUGCUCAGCCACCUGCACUCGCUAGCCGCCGUGCCCCAGACCAACCAGAACCAGCUACACCUCUGUGUUGAGAGCACAGCGUUAAGGUUGAUUACAGCGUUGGGGAGUUCCGAGGUUCAGCCUCAGUUCACCCGCUUCCUCAGUGACCCCAAAACGGUGCUGUCAGCUGAAUCUGAGGAGCUCAACCGUGCGCUCAUCCUGACUCUGGCCAGAGCCACCCACGUCACAGAUUUCUUCACGGGCUCCGACUCCAUCCAGGGUACGUGGUGUAAGGACAUCCUGCAGACCAUCAUGAACUUUACUCCUCACAACUGGGCCUCUCACACCCUGAGCUGUUUCCCUGCUCCUCUUCAGGCGUUCUUCAAGCAGAACAACGUUCCCCAGGAGAGCCGCUUCAACCUGAAGAAGAACGUGGAGGAGGAAUAUAGGAAGUGGAAGAGCAUGACCAACGAGAACGACAUCAUCACCCACUUCUCCAUGCAGGGAUCGCCGCCCCUCUUCCUGUGUCUGCUGUGGAAGAUGCUGCUGGAGACUGACAAAAUCAACCAGAUCGGCUUCAGGUACACCACAAAGGUUCUGGAGAGGAUCGGGGCGCGGGCGCUGGUGGCCCAUGUCAGGACGUUUGCAGACUUCCUGGUCUAUGAGUUCUCCACGUCGGCCGGUGGCCAGCAGCUCAACAAGUGUAUCGAGAUCCUCAACGACAUGGUGUGGAAGUACAACAUUGUCACGCUGGACAGACUCAUCCUGUGCCUGGCCAUGAGGAGUCACGAGGGUAACGAGGCCCAGGUCUGCUACUUCAUCAUUCAGCUCCUCCUCCUCAAGCCCAACGACUUCCGCAACCGCGUCUCUGACUUCGUGAAGGAGAACGCCCCCGAGCACUGGCUGCAGAGCGACUGGCACACCAAGCACAUGACCUACCACAAGAAAUACCCAGAGAAGCUGUACUUUGAGGGAUUGGCGGAGCAGGUGAACCCGCCCAUGCAGCAGCAGUCCCACUACCUGCCCAUCUACUUUGGUAACGUCUGCCUGCGCUUCCUGCCCGUCUUUGACAUCGUCAUCCACCGCUUCCUGGAGCUGCUGCCCGUCUCCAAGUCACUGGAGACCUUACUGGACCACCUGGGAGGACUCUACAAGUUCCAUGACCGCCCGGUGACCUACCUGUACAACACGCUCCACUACUACGAGCGUCACCUGCGUGACCGCACCAACCUGAAGAGGAAGCUGGUGCACGCCAUCAUGAGCUCUCUGAAGGACAACCGGGCGCCAGGCUGGUGCCUGAGUGAGACCUACAUCAAGUGUGGCAUGAACCCCCGCGAAGACAACGUCUGGAUCCCCGAUGACACCUACUACUGCAAGCUCAUCGGACGCCUCGUCGACACGAUGGCUGGCAAGUCCCCCGGGCCGUUCCCAAACUGUGACUGGAGGUUCAACGAGUUCCCCAACCCGGCCGCCCACGCUCUCCACGUCACCUGCGUGGAGCUGAUGGCCCUGGCAGUGCCCGGCAAGGACGUGGGCAACGCCCUGCUCAGUGUCGUCCUCAAGAGCCAACCGCUGGUGCCUCGGGAGAACAUCACCGCCUGGAUGAACGCCAUCGGCCUGGUGAUCACCGCCUUGCCUGAGCCUUACUGGGUGGUCCUGCAGGACCGUAUCGUGAGUGUGCUGGGCAGUCCGUGCUUCACCACAGAGACUGAGUGGGUUGGUUACCCCUUCGCGCUGCUGGACUUCACCGCCUGCCACCAGUCCUACUCUGAGAUGUACUGCAGCUACGUGUUGGCCCUGGCCCACGCCGUGUGGCACCACUCCAGCAUCGGACAGCUCUCCCUCAUCCCCAAGUUCCUGUCUGAGGUGCUGAAGCCCAUAGUAAAGACAGAGUUCCAGCUCCUCUAUGUGUACCACCUAGUGGGGCCCUUCCUCCAGCGCUUCCAACAGGAGAGGACCCGCUGCAUGCUGGAGAUUGGAGUGGCGUUCUAUGAAAUGCUACAGGCUGUGGACCAGCACAGUCAACACCUGUCCUACAUGGAUCCUAUCUGUGACUUCCUCUACCACAUCAAGUACAUGUUCACCGGGGACAGCGUCAAAGACCAGGUGGAGAAAAUCAUCCUGACCCUGCGUCCGGCCAUGAAGCUCCGUCUGCGUUUCAUCACCCACACUAGCAAGAUGGAGCCUGCAGCCGCCAGCGUUCCCCAGCCCUCCUCCUCUGUGUCCUCACCCGCCCCACAGAGCAACCCUGGCCCCUCCAACCUCCCCCUGUCUGGGGCCCAGUAAAACACACACACCAAGAUGGAGCCUGCAGCCGCCAGCGUUCCCCAGCCCUCAUCCUCUGUGUCCUCACCCGCCCCACAGAGCAACCCUGGCCCCUCCAACCUCCCCCUGUCUGGGGCCCAGUAAAACACACACACCAAGAAGGAGUCUGUCAGCCCCAUGGCUGUGGUCCCACUGUCGCCAGCUGGAGUAUUGAGAUGGACACACUCCACGAAUGUUUAGGUCAGGGUCGAGACAGACAAAAUGACCCUGAGAGUCUGGUCUCUUGAGGCUGACAUUGCAACGCUCCAGUGCUGUGGUGUGUUCCAAAGCUUUAAACAGCCAUUCAGUCCCGAAAAGCAGCACAGAAGAAAACAGACAUGAACUGUUACACAACAGACAUUACCUUUUUAUAACCUUUAGCUUUGUAGUGCUUUUUAUUGUUGAGUGUAUUGGAAAAAGACAAGUGUUUCUGCAAUCAUUGGUCUGCUGGAGUAUGUAUAUAAAAGGAGUUGGUGGCGGCUCAUUCUGUUGUUGCUCUCCCUUUGUCAUAACAUGAGAUGGUCCAGUGCCUUGCGACUCCCCACUUAAUCAUGAGAGGCGAUUUAUGUUGUGUUUUUCACACAAAGUAAAGAAACAAUAAAAACGUCUUUAGUAUUC